UUUUUAUUUCCGGUUAAAGUUGUUUACAUUGCCAACUCUUUUUCGCUUGAUUUGACGUAUGGAUAUUUCGUAAAUACCGACAUCCUGGACGGAAAAUGGCUUGUUGUGGCCCAGAAGCGAUACGAAUUAAAAAGCCAACUGCACCUGUGGUAAAGACAGGCUAUCUGAAGAUUUAUGAAAAGGGAUUCAUUAGCAAAGGCUGGAAAUCUCGAUAUUUUGUAUUGUAUCAAGACAGCAGUCUAAUAUGGUUUAACGACCACAGCAGUUACCAGCACAGUGGUGGUGUUAAACUGAAGAUGGUAGCAAACUAUAUGGCAGUAGGACCAAUGUGUCUUCAUAUAACAGGGAGACCAGAUCUUCCCAAAGGCAGAUUGGCAACUCAUAUGAUGGGUAUACCUAAUAUUUUCAAGAAAGGAACGAAGAAACAAAAUAUCGUCAUGAACUGGAUAUUGUUUGAUGGAGGAGAUGAUGAAAUGAAGGCUUGGCUAGAUGCUAUACAACCAACACUACCUCCACCUCCUCCCAGACCAGAACGACCGCCUCAUUCUCACCAUGCAAAGCAGAAUGGUCACUCACAACAGAAUGGUCAACCACGACAAAACGGACAACCACCACCAUAUGGAUUCAAUCCUAAUGUUGUGCAUCCUGCUAACAACAAUCCUGCUUACCCACCAACAAAUAAUGGCUAUCCACCAAACCAGCAAACAAGACAGAACGGUCAAGGAGGUGGUCACACAACUGUUGUAGUACAGAAUGGUGGAGGAGGACAUCGUGACAAUAAUGACUUUGCAACUGGAAUGCUUUUAGGAGGUGCAUUAGGCUAUGGUCUCGGUGGAUACGGUCCAGGCUAUGGGUGGGGAUAUGGUUGGGGCUGGGGACCACAUCCUUAUGGUGGAUACUGGGGAAGUUGGAGCAGUUUUGGAAGUCAUGGUGGUUUCGGAAGUCAUGGUGGUGACAUGAACAUAGAGAAUAAUUACUAUGACUGUGAUCAUGACAAUGGAGAUUACGGAUAUGAUGACAAUGAUGUCGGAGAUUUUGAAGCCGGAGAUAAUGGGGCUGGUGGAGACUUUGGUGAUGGUGGGGGUUGGGGAGGUGAUGAUGGGGGCUAUGGAGGUGAUGGAGGAUAUGGAGGUGAUGAUGGAGGCUAUGGAGGUGAUGGUGGCGGUUGCGGUGGCGGGGAUGGCGGUGGCGGGGAUGGCGGCGGUUGCGGUGGCGGUGAUGGUGGUGGAUGUGGAGGAGGUUGUGGUGGAGGAUGCGGAGGAGGUUGUGGAGGAUAGAUGUCCCCUCUGUUUUGCAAUACAUUUGAAGGAUUUUAUUUUGUAUUAUUUUAUAAGAUAUUGUUACAAUUACUUAACAUAGUACUAUAUACAUAAAUGUAUCUAGAUCAGAUGUAUUAUGACAUAUAUUUAUUGACUUUUUCGUGUUUUUUGUCUUUUGUAUGUCUUUCAACCAACAGAAGGCAGCAGGUCUGCCUAAUUUAAGAAAUGUUUGUGCCAUUUUAUAAUUUUAUUAUGAAUCAAUGACAGAAACAAGUCUAUGUUGAUAUCUCGGGCAUAAAUUUGAAAUAGACUCGUCAUGAGUUUACAAAGACGAGCUUUUCGUUUUUAUAUUUUUUUUAUUGUGAUAUAAAUGGAAACAGACUUUUUUCACUCAGGUUUUAAAUAAGUCACUAAAAGGUUAAAAUAAAACUUUCUAUUUAAUAUGACAUUAAAAUUCUAACACUUGUUAAAAUAUCAACUUUAAGAUUGUCUCAUUACCGCCUAUUGUCUAUGAGACAAACAUAAUCUAUACAGUUUUAAUAUGUUCCAUUUUGAGAUUUAUAAAUAUACUAUUUAUCUGAAAUAUAUUUGUACUGCAAAUAUUUUUAUUGGUAUUUCAAUGUUAAUAUGCUAGACAAUAUCGUGUGUUUCUUCUGUUUCAUUGGGGAAAAUGUCUGUCAUUACAGUUGUGAUAUAAGUAAUGAAUUCCGUCCCUAAUUUAGUUACAUUUAUAUUUGAUAUCAAAUACCCCUUUACAUUGAUGUAGAAUAGUAUUUAUUAUUUUAUGAUGUUUUUUUUUUGUGGUACAUAUACUGAACAGAGUGAAAUAUGCCAUGAAUAUUAUUAUUUAUGCAUUUUUGCUCAAGUAAAUAUUUGGUUUUAGAUGUAUAUUUGUAUAAUGUUUUAUUUAAUUUUGGUUGUGUUUAUUUAAAUUUAAUUUUUGCUGUUUUGUUUUUUAAAUUUUUAAGUGUUGCAUUUAUAACUAUUUUUAGGCAUUCUGUCUAUUAUAUGAUGAGAAUAAUACUCUAUAAAUUUCCUGCAUCCGAAAAGCUUUUCUUGAUUUAUCCUAACCAAGAAUGCCAACAUUAUCUUAUUACAUAGGUUUUCUUUUCUGUGGCAAACAAAGUGUAACUAGUUGAGCGAAGGUAUUGACAAAAAAGUACAAACAUAUCUUUAUUGCAUGCAAAAAACAUACUGAUCAUGGAUGAAAAUAUAUGACAAUAAUUUUUAUUUGCUACAUGUAUUGUUUUAUUUCAUUCUCUUUUAAGCCGAUUUCAAAAAGUCAUAAUGCUUUCAAAACCUUUCAAUACAACUUAAUCCUUAUUAGUAUUAACAAUCAAAAGAAUGACAUUAUAAGAGUGGUAAAUUAUUUAAAAAAAAAUAUCAAACACAUUACAAUUUCCUGAUAUCAUUUAAAAUGCGUGAACCUGAAAAAAUCAGGUCUCGAAAUUGAGAAGGUCUCUGAAAGUUUUAAGUAUCAUAUUAAAUCAAAAGUAAGGAGAUGCGGUAUGAUUGCCAAUGAAACAACUACACUCCAGUCAUCGUAUGAGUUUUGUUUCGAAAAAUAACAAGAUCAUAGCAUUUUUACAAAAUUUAAUCAAAUCUGUCAAAGUCGUAUUAAUAAAAAAGAAGGUAUUAAGCAGCUUAAAGCUAUUGCUUCAGUUUUCAGAUCGACUCCUACUAAAGUCACAGAAUGCGCAAAUAGGGAUGCUAAUCCGGCGACAAUAAUGGCAUUAAUACUAUUUGCAUCAAGCUGUAUAUUUCCGAAGACAGAAGAUCUGGUUAUAUACCGGUACCUCAUUUUCUAAUGUUCCUAUCUGUCAUCUUGUUCAUUGUACUUGAUCUCAUUUCUACGGUUAAAUGACUGCUUAAAAACGUAAUAGUUUUUUUUCACGUAAUUUUUCACUUAUUGUAAUUGGUACACUGGAUCUUUGAAACGACUAGGUUCUCCUGACAUUGACGUUAUUUCAAGGAUCACUAAGCAUGGUGAUUUUUCGUGGUCAAGUCCAUACCUCAGAUACUAGAGGCUAUAUGUAAACUAUAUUUGGUGUAUGGAACCAAUGUAGGUGGAUAUGUCCGUCAAACAGGGCUUAUCAGGAUCUUAACCUAAUUAAAUGGCUCAGUUGUCAAUGUUGAGUUGUCGUGGUUAAGUUUGUUUCUUAGAUACUUUAAGCAAUAUAUUAACUAUACUUGGUGUAUGGAAUAAUUGAAUGGUGUAUAUGUCCGUAAAACAAGAUUCAACUCACCUAUACCUUAUUUUAACGGAUCAUCGAUAAUGUUAAGUGUAUAUGAUGCUUGAAUUAAAACUUUAAGACUUUUAACAUAAUUUUAAUCAUGAUUAGUAAAGCAGGCGAGGUAUAUCAACCUGCACUUGAAUUGAAUGUUCAGUUUUACAAACCUUAGGAAAUGUACAUAAAGACGUACUAGAUAAACAUUUUACUUAAGCACAUUAAAUUUUUGGAAUUCUUUUAAUUUGUUAUUUGAUAAUUGUUAUGUUUACUAUUAAUAAAUCAUUCUAAAAUA